AUGGAAGAAGGAACUGGAUUAAUGCCUGAUGAAAUAGAAGUUAUCGUGCAGGAAAGAAAGGAAAUUCGAGUGAAACGGAUUGAAUCUAUAUUAAAAGAGUUUGAUAUUCUCGAAACGAUGAUUGAUUCCGAUGAAUCAUACGUUAAUUUAUGCUCAAAGUAUGAACAAAUUUAUUCGCUUUGGGUCUACGUUCACCGUGAUUUUCAACCUGAUGAAUUGACUGCGGAAGAAGCUACGGUAUGGCGACUAAUGCCGGCGAUUCUAUUGUGUUACAAACACUAUCUGAUCAGAAAACGCGAAAACAUGGACCGACAAGGUAUAAACAUGGGUGAUCGACCUUCUCACACCCUUCGUAACCUACCAAAACCUACUCGGAAACAUGAUGCACCGCUCCUGAAUCGUAUGUUUCUCAAACUUUUCACUCUGCUUCACCUAAAAUCAUCGAAAUCGAAUCCUAGUAGCCCCGAUGAUAACACCAAUGAUGAGAAUAAAAAAAAUAUGCAAAAACCACAAAAACAGUUUAAUCCUCGUCUAUCUAUAAAAAAAUCGAACAAAUUAAGAAGACUUUCUGAACGAGAAUUGAUUAGAGAAUGGAGAGAUUUAAUAAUGAAAUUUAGAAAAGCUGUUGUGGCAUGCAGUGUUCAUGUGAAUGCGAGUGGAAAGGAGGUGAAGGGGUGGGAGAAGGUAUCAACAAAAAAAAGGAUUAAGUGGACCAGAGAAGUUAUGCAGCUUGUGGCGGAAAUAGACGAACCUUCAAUUAUCGAUGAAGAUGUAAAAGCUGCUGAAAUUAAAGUUGAGGAACAGGAGAAUAUCACAUUCUCCCAAGACGUUAACGUACACGAAAUAUCGAUUGAUUAA